GGCUCCAGUAUUGCCACGUUUAGAACAAAUUGAAAAUGAAGUGGUUACUGCCUUUCAUAAGCUUUUGCAUCUGUGCAGCAACAGCUGGUAAAAGAACACUUGUGCUAGUGGACAACUGGUCAAUCAGGGAAACGCACUCUGUAUUUUUCCGAACUCUACGAGAUCGUGGAUUUGAGUUGACCUUCAAGACCGCUGAUGACUCCAGUCUGGCCCUAGUAAAAUACGGGGAGUUCCUGUUCGACAACCUUAUUCUGUUUUCUCCUUCUGUAGAAGAGUUUGGAGGAUCAAUUGAUGUGGCAGCCAUCACUAACUUUAUUGAUGGAGGGGGAAAUGUUUUAGUUGCAGCCAGCUCAGACAUAGGUGAUCCGAUUCGUGAGCUUGCCACAGAGUGCGGAGUGGAGUUUGACUAUGAGAAGACAGCUGUUAUUGAUCACCUUAACUAUGACAUCAAGGAUCAGGGGAAGCACACAAUGGUGAUUGCCGACUCAAAAAAUCUGCUUGAUGCUCCCCUUAUUGUUGGAUCCAAGAACAUCAACCCCCUGCUGUACCGCGGAGUGGGAAUGGUGGCUGAUCCAGAGAACCCCCUCGUAUUGAGUGUGCUUCAUGCCUCCUCCACUGCCUACUCCUUCUUCCCAGACAAACCCAUUGAUGAUUAUCCUCAUGCUGUUGGCAAAAACACCCUGCUGGUAGCAGCUCUACAGGCCAGAAAUAAUGCUAGAGUUGUCUUCCUUGGCUCCCUGGAUUUCUUCAGCGAUGAAUUCUUUACUGCAAAUGUCCAGAAUGGAAUGACUAACAAAAAAUUCCCCAAAUCAGGUAAUGAGGACCUAGCUAUCAGUCUAUCACAAUGGGUGUUCAAGGAGAAGGGUGUCCUACGUGUUGGGGCAGUUAAACACAACAAACAGGGAGAAAAAGAACCUCCUCAGGCUUACACUGUCUACGACAUGGUGGAAUACUCUAUUGAAAUAGAAGAACUGAAGGACGGUCAGUGGAAGCCAUUCACUGGUAAAGAUGUCCAACUGGAAUUUGUCCGCAUUGACCCAUUUGUCAGAACAACUCUCAAGAACUCAAAUGGCAAAUUCCAUGUCACGUUCAAGUUACCUGAUGUUUAUGGUGUUUACAAGUUCCAGGUGGAUUAUAACAGAGUGGGUUAUACUCACCUAUAUAGUACAACACAGGUAUCGGUGAGACCAUUGCAGCACACUCAGUAUGAGAGGUUUAUAUACUCAGCCUACCCCUACUAUACCAGCGCCUUCUCUAUGAUGGUGGGAGUCUGUGUAUUCAGUCUAGUGUUUCUACAUUUUAAGGAUGAACCAAAGGAAAAGAGAGAAUAAUAAAAAAAAACCACACAAAAUAGAAUUCCAUGAAGAGACAGCUUUACCAUCACUAGACUUUUUUCCCAAUAUUUUUUACCUUCAAGAUUGAGUGAAUGUUGCAAAGUAAAAUUUGUUGUCCAGUAUUACAUUGGAAACCUUUGGAAUAAAUGAUAGUAAACCUGA